AUGGAGCAAACAUGUGAGGAUAUAGAUGAAAUGUUCAGCAAUUUACUCGGGGAGAUGGACAUGCUGACCCAGAGUUUAGGAGUGGAGACCGUCCAACCUCCAUCCCCCAAAGUGUCCAACAAUGAAUUUAGCUUUACAGUUGGCUUUAAAGAUUUAAAUGAAUCCUUAAGUGCCCUAGAGGACAAAGACCUGGAUGCUUUAAUGGCAGAUCUUGUAGCAGACAUAAAUGAUGUUGAACAGAGAACUCUGCAAGCCCAGAAAACUUCUAGCAGCCAGCAAAGUACAGUCACUCAGCCUUCAAUAAGCUUGGAUAAUGACAUUUGUUUUAAACCAGCUGUCUAUGUUACCAGUGCUGGACAAUGUGGGGAUGAUUUGCCCCCUCCACCUCCAGACCCUAAUUUAGAACUUCCACCACCACCACCACCACCUCCUCCUGAGCCACUCACCCAGGAAGAACAAGAGGCACAGGCUAAGGCUGACAAGAUUAAACUUGCAUUGGAGAAACUGAAAGAAGCCAAAGUUAGAAAGCUUGUUGUCAAGGUGCACAUGAAUGAUAACAGCACGAAGUCCCUGAUGGUGGACGAGCGUCAGGUGACACGGGAUGUUUUAGACAACCUCUUUGAGAAAACCCAUUGUGACUGCAACGUUGACUGGUGCCUGUAUGAAAUGUACCCAGAGCUGCAAAUUGAAAGGCUUUUUGAAGACCAUGAGAAUGUUGUUGAAGUGUUGUCUAGCUGGACUCGAGACACUGAGAAUAAGAUUCUGUUUUUGGAAAAAAGUGAAAAAUAUGCUUUAUUUAAGAAUCCCCAGAAUUUCUACUUGGCAAGCAAAGAGAAGAAUGAAAGCAAGGAGAUGAAUGAUAAAAACAAAGAGGCUUUACUGGAGGAAAGCUUCUGUGGGACAUCUGUCGUUGUGCCAGAGCUUGAAGGGGCCCUUUAUUUAAAAGAAGAUGGGAAAAAGUCCUGGAAGAGACGUUACUUUCUUCUGCGAGCUUCUGGAAUUUAUUAUGUACCCAAAGGAAAAACCAAGACGUCACGGGACCUGGCGUGCUUCCUUCAGUUUGAGAAUAUGAACGUCUACUACGGUUCUCAACACAAAGUGAAAUAUAAGGCACCUACAGAUCACUGCUUUGUCUUAAAGCACCCCCAGAUUCAGAAGGAGUCACAAUAUAUCAAGUACUUGUGCUGCGAUGACCAAGCAACCCUGCAUCAGUGGGUGACAGGAAUAAGAAUUGCCAAGUAUGGCAAGACCCUGUAUGAUAACUACAAGUGUGCUGUGAAGAGAGCUGGCUUGUCUCGGCAGGCAAACCAAGGGACGGUGAAAUCAGCUGCCCCUGCAGGGCCCUCCUCAGCAGGUGCUGUGCAGUCCAAUGGACAGAUUCCUCAAACUCUUCAUCACUCCAGUGUAGAGUUCCCAGAGACUCAGAAGAAAAUGGACACAUCAGAGGCCAAGUCAAACGCAGCCAGCGUGCCGGGCCCGGCGCAGCCACUGCUGAGGCCGCAGAAGCACCAGGGCAAGAGGAACACACUGCAGCCUCCUCCCCCACCGGAGCGGCGCUCAUCUGCCAUUGCUGCUUCACCAGUCCUGCCCUCCAAAGUCCAGAGAGGAAGUGGAGCUUACCUAAUGGAGCCAGACACCUUUCCAGCACCACCACCCACGCUGCAGAUUGAUUUUCCACCACCGCCACCAGCUGAUUUCUGUGAACCUCCUCCUGAUUUUGUGCCUCCGCCACCACCAGCCUCCAGCAGCAGUAAUGGAGACCUGCCCUUACCCCCUCCACCUCCACCUGUCUUCACUAAGCCACCACCUCCAGCAAAGAAACCUGGGCCACUUCCUCCAAAAAGGCUUGAAAGCACAGGACAGGCUGGGGAGCCACAGCCAGCUGCACCACUUCCGACCGGGGGUGGAGGCAGACAAGCAGAUUUCAUGUCUGACCUGAUGAAAGCUCUUGAGAAGAAAAGGGGCAGCAGCUCCUGAACUCUGGGAGAAGGUGAACUUCAAGCCAUAGCUGGUUUUGUAAGGCAUCAGUAACCACCUGCUCUAGUUAAAGAUGUCCCUGCUACUGCAGGGGAAUUGGACUUAGAUGACCUUUAAAGGUCACUUCCAACCCAAUGCAUUCUAUGAUUCUGAGGUUGUGUUGGAUUAGGCUCCUCCAGUUCCUCUUGGGGCUGUCCCUGACUUUGUCCCUAUGACCUCCUCCCCCUCUGCCCUGCCCCUUUCCAUGAACUACCAUUCCAGCAUCAGGCCAAGGUAAGAACAGCCUGCAGAGUCCUGCCCUACUCUGUCAGGGGUGGCGAGCAGCACUCACAGAGCUGGCAAGCAGGGGAAACACAUCUUCUGUGGCUGCCUCUCAAACAGAAUUUGAGCUGACAGCAAAAACACAUCAAUAUUCUCCUGUGCCUUUUGAGAAGUGGGGACAUCCCCCUUCACAGAAUUCCCC